GACGGUGGCUCCACCUCUCUUCACUCUAUCUCCGCUGGUUGGUUUAUACAUGUAUAUAAUCCUGGAGCUGACCCAGAAAAGUAACUCCAGUGACGGCAACAAGGACUGGAAGCUCAUCUCGCUCGCCACAAUAGAGAGCACCGACUGUUUCAAUUCGCUGGAAUACAUUUGGAGAAUCGCCUUUGAAAUUUAGGACGGAGAUUCAGUAGCAGAAUUAAACCAAAAAUAACUCCAGUACAAGGACAUUUUGCUGGGUGAGAGAAGCCAUGGCCGACCACAUGAUGAUGCCCAUGUCCCACGGCCCCUCUGCCGGCGGCCUCCACGGCUACAGGAUGGGGGGUAUGGGUGUCCCCCCGCAGCACGCCGUGCCCCAGCAGGGCCUCCGCACCCUGCCCGGCCAGGUCAUGCACUAUGGCCGGGCGGCGCAGACCUCCAUGGAGGCUGCCAUGAGGCAGAGGCCCGGCCCGGGCAUGGUGGGGCCGACUGGGAUGAACGGCCAGGUGAACGGCGCCCAGAUGGGAGGACACCACCACCAGAUGAAUCAGAUGAUGUACAGCCAACAACAGCAGCAGCAGCAGCAGCAGCAGCAUCAACAGCAGCAGCUCCAUCACAUGCAGCAACACCCCCAGGCCCAACACCCCCAGGCCCAACACCCCCAGGCCCAACACCCCCAGCCUCAACACCCCCAGCAACAGUAUCACCCCAGCGGGCUAACCUCCCAGCAGCUCAUGGCCUCUAUGCACCUCCAGAAACUCAACACCCAGUACCACGGACAUCCGCUGGGGCCCGGCCAGGGACAUCAUCUGGCUAACGGGGCCCAGUACAGAGUUGGGCCAGGUCAGCUGGCCAGCAUGCAGCACAUGGGUCAGGGUGGACCGGGCAUGGUACUGGGGCAGAACAUGGACAUAGACCUGAUAGACGAGGAGGUUCUGACGGCGCUGGUGCUAGAGCUGGGCCUGGAUCGGGUUCAGGAGCUGCCAGAACUCUUCCUGGGUCAGAACGAGUUUGACUUCAUCCCUGACUUUGUGUCUAUGAAACAGCAGCCAAGCACCGUGAGCUGCUGAAGGGAACCGAGCAGACUGUUAGAGCCAGACGAAGAAGACACAGUAAUCACCGUCUGGUGGCGGGUGCACAGAGAAGGAUUGACUGGCUAGACUAAGACUGCCGCAGACUGAACAGGUCACAUGCGACCCAGACGAGGCCAACCACACUGUUCGCCGCCUCUAUGUGAGUGUAGGCCGUCUGUCUGUAUGUGAUCCUGUAUGGUGGGCCUACUGAACAUGCUGACCUACCUGUAAAUAAUAGGCCUACCUGUGCAUUUAAGAUGAAUUGCAAGGACAGACGGUGUGGAGAGAACCAACCCUUCCUCGGAAUUCGACUGGCCAGCAUCAGUGUCGGCCAGAGACGAGAUCUUUCAGCCUGGCCAUGGGGUGGCAGUCUCUCUGACCCAGUGGUCUCUGUCCAAACUGUGCUGCCUUUGUGCUAGCACCCCUGUCUUGUGUCCGCGUGUGCUGAGGUCGCUGGGAUGAUUUUAGACUCCUUCAGCAAGACGGGAAGACGCGACAGGCAAGCUGGGAUGUCACAAAGAAAGACACUGUCUUGCCUUGCACUAGAUUCUAUCUAUGUUGUUUAGAAAUGUAUUUAUUUAUGGAAUUCACCCACCAAGUAGCUAGCAGAUAUUUGACAAAUUCAGUUGUUAAAAAGUUGUAAAUCUGAUUAUAAAUUAGGCAGUUGGGAGGGAGGGGGUUAAAAAAAAGCAUAACUAUAUUGUGUGUAGGUUGAAGGCUGGUUCUUCAAAGCAGUCGGGGAAGAUUCCUUUCUCAUUACCAUAAUAUUUCAUUUAUUAAGAACCUGAGAAAGAGGGGCCAGUCUGGCAAGGUUUGGUUGAGUGGUGCGGAUUUGUCAGUCUCUGGUUUGAAGGUGACAGUUUGCCCUGCCAAUCUGGUUGCUCUUCUUAACAUCGUCAGAGGAACAUUCUAUUUAUCAUUAAAAUGUACAUUUCCUUGAAUAUAUCACAUCAGCAGAUUCUGUAUUACCUGUUACUGAAUUAAAUCUGAUCAAAUCACUGGUAAAGUACUAUGACACAACCCAGAAGCAUCCUUACAGUCAGAGAACUGCGAACACGCCAGGGCUGUCUUAUUAUACUGCUCGGAACUCAGAGGAGCCGCUUCUACGGUCAAACAGCAUGAAUGCUCUUUUUCAGUAGAGUCUCAGUGACUCAGUCUCUACUGCUAGGCCUUAGGGUGAAGGAAAACACUGAACACACAACAAACCAGGGGCCUAUUUAUUGUACAUGUCUGUGGCUAUGGAGCAGAAGGCUAGGCAGGGGGAUCCUCUGCAGUAAAUCGCAGGUAAUUCUGUUAUUCCUGGAGUUUACUUUGGAUUGUGGGGAGUACGCUAUAAAACCGCUCUAUCCAUUGUUUUCACCUGAUCAUGCAUUGACAUGUGUUGGAGACUGAUCAUUCAAAUUUAAGUUUUGCCCCACCUUGAAAGGUUUGCGUGUGCAGCCUACUAGUUACUCUGUGAGGGUCAAUGUGCCGACUAAGUACGAAGGCAAGCCAGUGGAGGCCGCUUCAACUGCCCUUAACUGUGGAAAAUGUUCAUUAGUCCAGCCUGUGGAAGCAGCAUGAAGCCAGGCGCUACUCCAGCAUUGCUUGGUUUUGGUUUAAUCAUUGUUUAAAGCUGCGUUUACCUGUGUUUUUUUUAAUUUUAUUACCAAAGGGCCAAAACCAACAGCGAAAAGCAACACGCAUGCAUGCGUAUACUCAGAGGUUGGUUUCUGUUACUUAGAUUUUCUUAAUCGGCUUUCUUCUGAUUAGAUUUAAAUUACCCGUUCAUACACACUUGUCUUAAUUGAGGUCAUUCAACGUCACAUUCAAUGACUUGGUAAUUAGAAAACGUAUCACUUGAAAGCAGUGCACACUAUAAUGGGACUGGGUGGUAUUUUGGACAAACCCAUGCUAAUUAAAAAUGUUCUUUUUUUGAGGAUGUCAAGUGCGUCCUCCCCUCCUCGUGCAUAAUAAGGUUUUGGCAAGGUUACUGCUCCGCUCUGGUCCAAUGGCAUGGACGAGGACUUCCUGUCCUGUUCCUGUUAGGUUGUUGAACUAUUUGGGGAAAAGUCAGGGGCAGUGACAACUGGUCGGGGUGGGCACUGCUGGAGGACCUGAGUUGUGUUCAUCUGUUCUAAUACUACAGGUGUGCCAUAGUUUCCCUGCUCUUUUUUUUAGCCUGGAAUCCAACAGAAUAUUGCUCUAUUUCGCUAUUGUUCAGUGAAUGAAGGUGCAAAUAGUGCUGUAUGGUUUAUAAGCAAAUUAUAACCCCCUCUUUAUCUGGAAAAUGGCCGCGUUGCUGAGGUCUGAGCACAAACAAACGUUGGACGACAGAAAGUACACUCAUCUGGGAAAACACCAAACGCCAACCGUACUGGGAAAUUUCCAUUUACCAGGGUAUUUAGGUCUUGCCUGGUCUUAGAUCUGGGCCCAGACAAUUUAGGGCAGGUUCACAACCCCAAAUUAAAAACAGUAAUCUAAAACAAUCAAAAGAAAAAAAAAAGAAAAUGUUUUUCUUUUAAGCCUUAGUGAGAUAGUAGCCUCGCAAAGUCAUUUUGAUUACAGCUAUCAAUAAUUGCAGCCUUCUUGUGUAUGGUAUCUUUGUACUGUAGAAUAGAGGUAAAGUUGACAUAAUUAAGGUACUUUUCAGAAAACAUUGUCAGAUGUAAUUGUUAUGAAUGGCUGAUGUUUUGUGUAAAUGACAAGAGAUGUGUAAAUGACAGGAGUGUUGAUAUAAAUAUGUAGCCUGGUAAAACCUGAUGGAAUGCUGGGCUAACCAUUAAGUCAACAUUUAGUCCGGUUAAACCAGGCUAAAAAACAGUCACAUUAUACCACAGGACUGGGUAUAUGACAGGCCUGAAGCUUUAUGACCUAGUAGACUGCAUGUGAACAUUUAUGAAAAGGUGAUAUCAUUACUUUUCCACACAUCCGCUGAGAAUGUACAGCAGAAUCGAAUGCAUUGUGGGAACUGAAGUCUUAAGAUGAUGGAUACAUGUUUGAGAUUGUAUUGUAAAAUCUUUGUUCCAAAUUAUACCACUUUAUUUGGGGGUAAACCCCC